CGACGAUGGAGUCCGCGACGGGGGGCUACGUUACGCGGCGGCUGCACGUCCCACAGGAGGUAUGGUCCCAGGGCGGCGCGAAGCUGAACAACACGUCCGAGAAGGUCCGCGUGGUCGCGAUUCUGUGCUCUGCGCUCGAGGAUCUGGCGCUGCAGAGCUCGGAAUACUUUGGCGCGGGGAACGUGAGCAGCGGGCUUGCGAUGGGCAUUGGGAGCAUUACCCGGAAAGAGGCGGAUGCAUGGCAGGGGAAGUUGGAAGAGUUCUCGGCGGUGUGUGAUGGGGUUGUCGCGAGCUUUGGGAAGAAGCUCAGUGUUGGGGAGGGCUUCGUGGUGAAGAAGUCGACGUGGAGCGAUAGGAUGACGCGCAGCUUCGACAAGCUGACGAACAACGGGAAGACUCUAGACUCCCCCGCAGCCUAUGUGCAGGGCUUGCGGAAGUUGUUCUUGCACGUGCAGCUCCUGGACGAGCACACGAAGGCGGUCAAGGCGCACCCGGUUGCGCCUGCAUACGCGGCCUUCCCCAUCGACAUGCGCGCAAGCAUAGAGGCGAAACUCAAGCGGUGCUCCGAGUUCUUCGCCACGGUCAUCCUCACCUUCGUCAUCCGCGACCUCGCGCAGCUGCUCGACAAGUAUGUCAAGCGCUGCGAGAAGUGGCUCGAGGAAUGACUUGGGUGACCGACCCUUGUGCAUAGUUGGCCUGGCAUUUCCACGCCCGGGACCCCUCGCGCUACCCGCCUUUCCCCCCUUCCUGCAUCGUUCAUUUGUAGUACAUGCUGUGUUGCUGCUGCUGCUGCUGCUGCACCCCUCCCGGAGUCUUGUGGAACAGGUCAAUUUGGAUCAUAUCAUCUUUAUUGUACUUUAUCGUUAUGAAUCUCUUCUUCGCGUGCGAGCGGCGUAGACGUCUGCUACUUAUCCAUCCCCCGCCUGCUUACCGUACGCUCGUAAGCACAUAUCUGCGUCCUUCGGCUGUUGAAUAUUGUGCGAUAACGACUCACUACCUACCUAUUCCCUCGCACAUACUUUGCACAGGUGAACAUAGUUUGGGCUUCCGCUGAAUUC